AUGAAGGCGCGCAGACCUGGCGCUGUCCAGUACGAGAACUGGGAGGCGUGGCCUGAGCACAAUCAGACUUGUCAUAUCGAGAAUCCGUUUAAUCAACCUUGCGGCCAGGGUCGAAUUUCGCUCUACUCGACUGUAGCGGCGUCUGCAUCCGACAUCCAGAAUACUGUGCGCUUUGCAACGAAACAUAAUCUCCGAUUGGCCAUCAAGAAUUCCGGCCACUGUUUCCUGGGCCGCUCGACCGCUCCCGAAUCGCUGCAAAUCUUGACAAAUGGCAUGAAGGAUAUCGACGUUGUGGAUGAUUUCACGCCAAAGGGAGCCCCUAGCGGCCGGGCUGGAGAGCCGGCAGUCACCAUCGCAGCUGGUGUCAGUCUCCAAGAACUUUAUAGUGUGUUAGGUAAGAAGCAGAGAGUAGUUGUUGCUGGUGCUUCUCACACCGUUGGUGCUGCUGGGGGAUAUAUCCAGGGUGGUGGCCAUUCUUUCCUGGGGCCAUGGAAAGGAAUGGCGUCUGACAACGCACUUCAAUUCACUGUGGUAACUGCUGAUGGAGGGUUGGUUGUCGCCAACAAAUAUCAGAAUCCCGACCUCUUCUGGGCCUUACGCGGAGGAGGUGGCGGCACUUUUGGGAUUGUCGUGGAUGUCACGCUCCGGACCUUUGACGAGGCACCUGUGAUCAUGAGCAGCCUCAACAUAACCACGCCUUCCGGAAACCCAAACUUUUGGGAAGCUAUGACCCAGUUCCACGCACAUCUUCCUGCUCUGAACGACGCUGGAGGAGCCGGUUAUUACUACAUCUUCCCACAACUUCCAUGGACAGGGAACACGACACUUUCUGUUUUCACAAUAGCGCUUUUUUUCCCGAACCAGACAAAUGUUGCAAAGGUUAACGAGGCUUUUGCCCCGUUGCUCAGGUCGUUGAAUGCGACAACAGCCGUCGAGACGCAAUACCUUGCUCGGCCAUUGCCCAAUAUUAACACUCUCAUCUCGGGGGUAUUACUUACUAGCGACGCUGACGAGACUGGUACCAUUGCACUGAUUGGCUCCAGAUUAUUUUCUCGCGAUCUAUUGGUUUCAAAGAAUGGGCCUGGCAGACUGGUUUCGACACUGCGAAGCCUCCUACACGCUCCUGGUAAAGUUGCUACAGGCCAUAUCGUGGCUGGAGGUACCGUGGCACAAAACGGUGGGAAAAUUGACAGCGCCCUGAAUCCAGCCUGGCGAGAGGCUGUAACACAUAUCACAAUCGGCGCUAGCUGGGAUCCAAAUGCACCGUUGGCGGAACAGGAGGCGAUUAGGAAGAACGUGACCGACGUCGAAGUGGAACGGCUUCGCUCUGUAGAGGGCGCAGAUAAGAUGGGCGCAUACCUAAAUGAAGCGAACGCCUACGAGAAGGACUUCCAGUCGUCCUUCUGGGGAAGCAACUAUCCUCGCCUGUACGCGAUCAAACAGAAAUGGGAUCCCGCGGGUCUGUUUAUUACACGCAGUGGUGUGGGUAGCGAGGACUGGGACGCAGAAGGCCUUUGCAGAGACCACUGA